UCAGGUAAGAGGGCCCGAGCUGGGAGGCGGCACACCCAGGGGGUACGCCAAGGGAGCAGGACAGAGCCAUGGACCCCGCCAGGAAAGCAGGUGCCCAGGCCGUGAUCUGGACUGCAGGCUGGCUGCUGCUGCUGCUGCUUCGCGGAGGAGCGCAGGCCCUGGAGUGCUACAGCUGCGUGCAGAAAGCGGAUGACGGAUGCUCCCCGAACAAGAUGAAGACAGUGAAGUGCGCGCCGGGCGUGGACGUCUGCACCGAGGCCGUGGGGGCGGUGGAGACCAUCCACGGACAAUUCUCGCUGGCAGUGCGGGGUUGCGGUUCGGGACUCCCCGGCAAGAAUGACCGCGGCCUGGAUCUUCACGGGCUUCUGGCGUUCAUCCAGCUGCAGCAAUGCGCUCAGGAUCGCUGCAACGCCAAGCUCAACCUCACCUCGCGGGCGCUCGACCCGGCAGGUAAUGAGAGUGCAUACCCGCCCAACGGCGUGGAGUGCUACAGCUGUGUGGGCCUGAGCCGGGAGGCGUGCCAGGGUACAUCGCCGCCGGUCGUGAGCUGCUACAACGCCAGCGAUCAUGUCUACAAGGGCUGCUUCGACGGCAACGUCACCUUGACGGCAGCUAAUGUGACCAUGUCCUUGCCUGUCCGGGGCUGUGUCCAGGAUGAAUUCUGCACUCGGGAUGGAGUAACAGGCCCAGGGUUCACGCUCAGUGGCUCCUGUUGCCAGGGGUCCCGCUGUAACUCUGACCUCCGCAACAAGACCUACUUCUCCCCUCGAAUCCCACCACUUGUCCGGCUGCCCCCUCCAGAGCCCACGACUGUGGCCUCAACCAUAUCUGUGGCCUCAACCACGUCUGUCACCACUUCUACGUCGGCCCCAGUGAGACCCACAUCCACCACCAAACCCAUGCCAGCGCCAACCAGUCAGACUCCGAGACAGGGAGUAGAACACGAGGCCUCCCGGGAUGAGGAGCCCAGGUUGACUGGAGGCGCCGCUGGCCACCAGGACCGCAGCAAUUCGGGGCAGUAUCCUGCAAAAGGGGGGCCCCAGCAGCCCCAUAAUAAAGGCUGUGUGGCUCCCACGGCUGGAUUGGCAGCCCUUCUGUUGGCCGUGGCUGCUGGUGUCCUGCUGUGAGCUUUUCCACCUGGAAAUUUCCCUCUCACCUACUUCUCUGGCCCUGGGUACCCCUCUUCUCAUCACUUCCUGUUCCCACCGCUGGACUGGGCUGGCCCAGCCCCUGUUUUUCAAACAUUCCCCAGUAUCCCCAGCUUCUGCUGCGCUGGUUUGCGGCUUCAGGAAAUAAAAUACCGUUGUAUAUAUCCUGCCAGGGGUGUUCUAGCUUUUUGAGGACAGCACCUGUAUCCUUCUCAUCCUUGUCUCUCCGCUUGUCCUCUUGUGAUGUUAGGACAGAGUGAGAGAAGUCAGCUGUCACGGGGAAGGUGAGAGAGAGGAUGCUAAGCUUCCUACUCACUUUCUCCUAGCCAGCCUGGAUUUUGGAGCGUGGGGUGGGUGGGACAAUGGCUCCCCACUCUAAGCACUGCCUCCCCUACUCCCCCCAUCUUUGGGGAAUUGGUUCCCCAUAUGUCUUCUUUACUAGACUGUGAGCUCCUCGACGGCAGGGACCGUGCCUUACGUCUGUGUGUGAUCAGUUUCUGGCACAUAAAUGCCUCAAUAAAGAUUUAAUUACUUUGUA